AUGUCAUCCAUGGGCGCACCAAUUUUGUUCGAAACGAAGACAAAUGACACUCGAAUUACCAAGAUGACCAACUCACUUCCCUUUGGCGGUCAGCAAGUCCCUAUCCCCGGCUUUGGAGCCAUGGGUCUGAGCUCUGCCAUGGGGAGCGAUCUGAGCCUCGAACAAGCUGAGCCGGUCCUUCUGAAAGCGAUCGAGCUCGGCUGCACGUUUUGGGAUACAGCGGUUGCCUACAAGAAUGGCGCAAACGAGCAGCUGCUUGGAGACUUUGUUAAGAAGCAUAAAGUCCGUGAUCAGCUUUUUGUCGCGUCCAAAUGUGGAUUUGAUGUGUUCGGACCUCAGCGGAGAGUGACCAACUCAGCAGCUCACAUCAAGGAGUACAUCGAGGGGACAAUUGAUAGGCUUGGUUUUACUCCCGACCUCUACUAUCUCCACAGGAUCGACCCUAAUACUCCCCUCGAAGAGUCCAUUGGCGCCCUAGACGAACUCCGCCGUGCUGGAAAAACCAAGUACAUUGGUCUAUCUGAGUGCUCUGCGGAGACCUUGCGCAAGGCGAACUCGAUCGCCAAGAUUGAUGCCAUCCAAGCUGAGUACUCAGCCUUUGAAACACUGCACGAGACCAACGGUCUUAUCGAGACAGCCAAGGAGUUAGGCGUGGCAUUUGUGGCAUUUAGCCCGUUAGGGCACGGCUGGCUUGUCGAUGACUUCCAGUUCAAGUCCCCUGAUGACUUUGCACCUGAUGAUUUCCGACGCACUGUCCCUAAGUUCCAGGGCGACAAUUUCUACAAAAAUAAGGCCAUUGUGGAUGAGAUCAAGCAAUUGGCGACGGCAAAGGGCUGUACUGUUGCACAGAUCGCGCUGGCUUGGGUUGCCGCGCAGGGACUGCUUGCUAUCCCGGGCACGACCAAGGCAUCUCGCCUGGAGGAGAACUGGGGGUCUCGAGAUGUCGUGCUAACGGAGGAGGAGUUGGACACGAUGCGGAAGAUUGUGGACGACGCGAAGCCGGUGGGAGAGAGAUUCUCUGCCAUCUUCCAGUCGAUGGUGGGUCACUAG